CUCUCUCUCUUCAUCGCCUCCCCUUCUCCCCUCUCUCUCUCUAGCUGUCUUCCACUCUCUACCUGCUCGCCUUCGCGGCAGGAGAAGAGGAGAGUCUCUCCCUCUCUCCCUCUCUCCCUCUCUCCCUCUCUCCCUCUCUCGAUAGCUGUCUUCCACUCUCUUACUUGCUCGCAUCCUCUGCAGGAGAAGAGGGGAGAGAAAAAACGAUAUUUGGCUUGUGAGGGGAUGGGUGGCUUAUGCGCCAAAGAAAGCGGCAAGAAGACUAAGAAGAAGGAUCAGAUCGCAAACGCCUCACCUUCUGAUAAGUCUGCUAAGGCAAGCCAAUCAGUGGAUAACAAAAAGGAGGAUUUUACAGAAUGUAAGGAGUUGUCAUAUAGUGGUUCUCAACAGAUUUCUGCUCAGACAUUUACCUUCAGGGAACUGGCAGCCGCAACAAAAAAUUUCAGAGCCGAUUGCUUUCUUGGAGAGGGGGGAUUUGGCAAAGUUUACAAGGGUUGGUUGGAGAGCUCUAACCAGAUUGUGGCUAUUAAGCAACUUGAUCAAAAUGGUUUGCAAGGAAAUCGGGAGUUCCUGGUUGAAGUGUUGAUGCUCAGUUUGCUGCACCAUCCUAAUCUUGUUAACUUGAUCGGUUAUUGUGCCGAAGCCGACCAAAGGCUCUUGGUCUAUGAAUACAUGCCGUUGGGAUCGUUAGAAGACCAUCUUUAUGAUCUUACUCCACAAAGGAAGCGACUUGAUUGGAACAUGAGAAUGAAAAUAGCCGCUGGUGCAGCGAAGGGGCUAGAAUAUUUACAUGAUAAAGCCACUCCGCCAGUUAUAUAUCGAGAUUUGAAAUGCUCGAAUAUUUUGCUUGGAGAUGACUAUCAUCCUAAGUUAUCGGAUUUUGGUUUGGCAAAACUUGCUCCUGUUGGUGAUAACACGCAUGUGUCUACCAGAGUGAUGGGAACUUAUGGAUAUUGUGCCCCUGAGUACGCAAUGACUGGGCAAUUGACAGUAAAAUCAGAUAUUUACAGUUUUGGGGUUGUGCUGUUGGAGCUAAUCACAGGAAGGAGAGCUAUUGAUAAUUCCAGAACUGCAGGGGAGCAGAAUCUAGUUGCAUGGGCCCGCCCCCUGUUCAAAGACAGGAGGAAGUUCUCUCAGAUGGCUGAUCCCAUGCUCCAGGGUCAAUACCCUGUGAGAGGCCUUUACCAAGCUCUCGCUGUCGCCGCAAUGUGCGUUCAAGAACAGCCCACAAUGAGGCCUCUGAUAGCCGACGUCGUAACAGCUCUCAACUACCUCGCUUCGCAGCUCCAUAACCCGCAGAUGCCACCAGUUCAAAGCACUUCUCGAUCGACCUCAUUCGGUACUCCUCCUCGCACAAUCAAGGGGAAACAAGGCCAAGUCGGGAGACAUGAGAAAACGAUCGAGAAUUCUUCGGUAAACCAGUAGUGAUUUCAUUGUAUAUUCUUUUGUCACCAAUCUUUGUCGUAGUAUAAGCUGAUAAGUCUAGUCAGAACCUGUGUUUCCUUCCUUCAUAGUUAGGAACUCCACUGCUAUUUAGAUUUUUUUUUUUUUUUUGUAAGAUUUACCUAUAUACCUCUUAAUUCUUCUGUAUGUACAUAUCUAAUACCUAAACUUCAAUUUUUACAUCAUGCCACCUUACCUACGCAUGAAAAGGUGUAUUUUACUUUUUUAAUUGCUAAAAUAGUGGUAUUUUUUCUGUGAUACGAAAAUUUUGCGUGGUAUAAACGUAAAUGUGUUGUUUCGGUGUUAGAUAUGUAAAUACAUAUGAAUUAGGAGUUACUUGUAUGUAAAUUGCCAGAUAACGGUCAUGUUCUCUUCUCUCUAUUAAGUGAAAAUUGUCCAGAAAGUGACGGUUCAUUUGUUGAUGUACAUGUGAGCUGCUGUAACCAUGCCCAAUGUAAUGAACGCCAUUCAUCUCUAUUGGCAUCAUUUUGCUUUGCUAAAAGAAAUAGAUCUGUGUAAUAUUUACUUAUCAAGUUGCCAUUCCUGCCAAUGCUGCU